AUGUUAUAUCCAAUUCAUUUAUUGACGAUCUUAGUGCUUUUGAUCUCACGAGUCAAUUCACUGCCUCAUGCCACCCCUCGUCAAGAUGCUUCUUCAUCCAACACCACCGCUAGCUCCGCUACUAUUGUGGAUGAGACUAUAGUCAACAAGCUUGAGGGUAUCCGAUCCCGAUGGGGCAUGAAAGGUAUCAAUAUUGCCGUUGUUGCUUCGCCGGAAUAUAUGGGUAAUAAGACGGGCAGUAAUCAGACUGGGUGGGCCACUCAGAGUAUCGCACUAGGUCAAGCUAACAGAUUCGGUGAUGCGUUCGAUGACCAAACCUUGUUCGCCCUCGGUUCAAAUUCCAAGCAUUUCGCUGCUGUUGCUGUUGCCCUGCUCAUCGAGAAUGGUACUACCCUACCGGAUGGUCAGCCUCUCACAUAUAACAAGACUCUACCCUUAACGAGUUUCAACCCUCAACGAGUCGACAUAUAUCAUGCCUCAUGCCAAUAUGUCUCCCAAAACAAUUUUAACAUGCAUUCUCAAUACAAUAUCUAUUACUCAUCAUCAAGGGGCGAUCCCAAUCGAUUUACCGUUGUCCAGACACCAUUACUUCCAUGA